CCAUAUUCAUCUACAUAUAUAAAUAUAUUUGGUCUAUAUUUUUGAACAAAAAAAAAUAUAUAUACAUAUUUAUACACAUAUAAAGAAAGCAUAUUAAACGUAUUACAAAAAUUCUUGAAUUAUUUUUUAUUAUACCGUAUUUAACGAGUCGUGCAAUGAAAAAUCAACAAAGAAAACAACAAGAAGCAAUGGCCAGAGCUGUAGCAGAAGCAGCUGCUAAACAAAAGAAUAAUGACCCCUCUUUAGCCGAUCCAUCUUCAGAACAGCAACAGCAACAGCCUGAAACUAUGAAUUCUGAUAAGCAGCAAGGAUCAACAGAAGAUACUGAUGACAAUAACGAAAAGCAAAAUGAAGAAAAUUCUUCUAAGCAACAACCUGAAGACAAUAAAGAUUCUGAAGAACAACAGCCUGAAGACGAUGAUCAGGAUAACACAUCUGACGAUGAUGAUUCAGAGGAAGAAUCCGAAGAUGAGGAUGAAGAACUUUACCAGCAAAUGGUUGGUAAAAAGGUCAAUAAGCAUGGUCUGGUCGUUAAUAAAAAGACAGGUGAUAUUCUCGGCAAACUUAUUGAGGGUAAAUUAAAGAGAGUUUCUGGUAAGAAGGUUGGCGAUCAUGGUGUUAUUGUUAAUGAUAAAGGGAAAAUUAUUGGAAGAGUCGAACCAAUUAGAGAAGAAAGUGAUGAUGACGAUGAUGAUAGCGAUUCUCAAGAAUCUGAAAAUGAACAAGAUGAUGCUCAAAAUACAGAAGAACAGGAAGGAACCGUAACUGAGAACUCUGAGGAAAUACCAGAAAAACUUGAAGAAAAUAAUGCAAAUGCUGAGAAGGAGAAAUCGGAUGAUAAUAUUGAAGAAACUGUUGAAAAUGAUACUCAAGAUGAUAGUAAUGAUGACGUCGAAACAAUUAAGAGUAAUACCAAUGGUGCCGAAAAUAAUGUUAAAGAUGAUGUUAACUCUGCAAAUGAAGAUGCCCAAAUAGCUACGGAAAAUGCUGAAGAAGAAGCUAAUGAUGCUCCUGUAUCUACUAAUGAUGAUGCCGAAGAAGCUACUGAUGCGGCUGAAGAUACAGAAAAGGAUACUACCGAUAAGGAUAUUAAGGAUAUUGAUGGUGGUAAGGAUCAAGAAAAAAAUGAUGAUACUGUCGAAGAAAAGCAGCCUGAAGAUGAAGAAUCUAUCAAUGAAGUUGAUAAAGAUAAUCAAGAGUCUGUAAAUGAAAAUGAUACAGAUGAAGACAUAGGAGACGAAGAAUCAAUUGAAAAUACUUUAAAUAAGGAUAACUCUGAUGAGAACAAUUCGGAUGAAGUUAGUUCAGAUGAAGAUAGCAAGGGAGUAGAAGAUGAUAAGCCUUUUAACCCCUAUGAUAAGGUUGAUGAAAAUUCUCCUGAAGUUAGAAAGUCAGGUAAAGUUGUUGAUAUGGAAGAUAAUGUUGUCGGUACGGUUGAUGCAAGUAUGGCACCUAAACUUGCUGGUUUUAAGGUUGACCCUGAUGGCAAUGUUAUUAAUAAUGAAGGCCAUAUUAUUGCCAAAGCAGAGCUAUUCAAAAAUGAAGAUGAAGAUAAGCCAUUUAAUCCUAAUGAGAAUGUUAACGAAGACUCUCCAGAGGUACGAAAAUCUGGUAAAGUAGUUGAUCUUGAUGACAAUAUCGUUGGCUACAUUGAUAAAAAGAUUGCACCCAAAUUGGCUGGAUUCAAAGUUGAUCCUGAUGGUAAUGUAGUUAAUCCCCAAGGUGAUAUCGUUGGCCGAGCUGAUAUGAUCAAACCAGAAGAGCCAGAAGAACCUGAAGAUGAAAAUAAACCUUUUAAUCCCAAUGAAAGUGUUAAUGAAAACUCACCUGAAGUUCGCAAGUCUGGUAAAGUUGUUGAUAUGGAAGAUAAUGUUAUUGGUGCUGUUGACAAAGAAAGAGCUCCUAAACUAGCUGGCUUCAAAGUUGAUAAGGAUGGUAAUGUAAUAGAUAACGAAGGCCAUAUUGUUGCAAAAGCUGAGCUUUUCAAAAGUGAACAAGAGCAAGAAAAAGAAUCCUCGAGUUCCAAUGAUGCAGUAAAUGAAUUCUCUCCUGAAGUUAGGAAAUCUGGUAAGGUCCUCGAUAUGGAUGAUAAUGUUGUUGGUUAUGUUGAUAAACGUCUUGCUUCCAAGUUUGUUGGUUUCAAAGUUGAUGAUGAAGGUAAUAUCUUUAACAAUGAAGGCCAUAUUGUUGGUCGUGCUGAAAUGGUUAAAGAAGAAGAAGAAGAGGAAGAAGAAGAUAAGAAUAAGCCUUUUAAUCCAAAUACUAUGGUUGAUGAACAUUCCCCUCGAGUCAGGAAAUCUGGUAAAGUCAUUGAUGAAAAUGACAAUGUUGUUGGUACUGUUGAUAAAAGUGCUGCUCAUAACUGGGAAAACUAUCCUGUCGAUGAUGAUGGUAAUAUUAUUGAUAAGGAUGGCCAUAUCGUUGGUAAAGCCAAGAUGAUAGGACAAAAGACUGAAGAAGAGCGUCGUAAAGAAACUGAAGAGGCUGAUGAACGUAAGAUUGCAGAUCAAAUGUCUCAAGCUAUUCAACAAUCACUGGAUAAAAUCAAGCCUAUACUUAAAAAUAUAACUGAUACUAUUGAUAGUGAAGAAGCAAAAUCUGAAAAAGAUCGUGACGAACAAAAAUUGGUUGAAAAUGUGAAACCCUUAAUUGAACAAGGCUCUGCUAUUCUUGAAGAAUGUAAUGGAGCUAUUCGUGGGCUUGAUCCUUUAGGAAAGAUUGCUAAACAAGCACAGGCUAAAUCAUCAGCAAGAAAAGCUACACCUGAAGAAUAUCAUUUGGCUGAACUUCUAGCGCAGCUUUCUGGUGAAGUUACUACAACCAUUGAUAGAGCGAAGAAAAAGAUCAGAAAUAUGCCUCAUGCAAAUAAAGAACUUAGUCCUUUGUGGAAUAUCUUACAGAGUCCUUUAUUGCAAAUUCUUUCUGCUGUUGGAUUAUUGUUAACUGGUGUGUUGGGUCUUGUUGGUAACAUUCUUAAUGGUCUUGGUCUUGGUUCUAUUAUCAACAGUUUAUUAGGUGGAAUUGGUCUUAAUAAGAUUCUUGAAGGCUUUGGUUUAGGCAAUGUUUUAAAUUUAGGUGGAAAAAAGAAAUAAUUGAUUAUCGACUUGAUACUUUUUAUUACUCAUUUAUAAACUUUUGUUAUUUUAUAAAAAUUAUUAUUUUAUGUAUUGUUUUCAGUUUAAAUAAAG